AUGCGUGUUGUGCCCAUUAUUCGUCGCCUUUCGAUCGCUCGUGCCUUUCGAUCGCAUGUGGUGCCUCGUGCUGCUGCUCCUUUUGUUUUGAAUUCCGUUCAAUUCACUCGUCCAUCUCUUCAAUUCACGUCCAUACGCUCAUUUGCGACCGAUGAUGACAACGAUUUAUUUCUUGACGAUGAGGAAGAUGAUUCUUUUGUGCAGUACCCCCCUGUUGAUGCCCGUGUGCAGUGUCAAGCACCUCCAUUUACUGCCCGUGCGGUAGUGAAUGGAGAGAUUACGGACGUGUCAUUGGACAUGUAUCGUGGUCAGUACGUGGUACUGUUCUUUUACCCAAAGGACUUUACGUACGUGUGCCCCACUGAGAUCAUUGCGUUCAAUGACCGAGCAGAGGAAUUUAAAGCACUUAACACGCAGCUGAUUGCUGCGUCCUGUGACUCACCCGAGAGUCACUUGGCCUGGACACGUCUGCCUCGCAACAAGGGUGGAUUGGGGAAGAUGGACAUUCCCAUUGUUUCGGAUAUUACUAAAGUCAUUUCAGCCAAGUACGGCGUGCUGGUGGAGCAGGACGGCGUGGCUCUCCGUGGUCUAUUCAUUAUGAACAAGGAAGGAGUGCUGCAACAGAUUACGAUCAACAAUAUGCCAAUUGGCCGUAGUGUCGAUGAGACUCUGCGUCUCAUUAAGGCGCUGCAGUUUGUUGAGGAGCACGGAGAGGUAUGCCCUGCCAACUGGCAGCCCGUUGGUGAGGACGACGAUGAAGAAGACGAUGAUGUUGCUAUCUUGACGCUGGUGAAAACCAAAGCUCAGUUCCAGGAGCUGAUCAAGAGCGGUAAGCCUGUUGUGGCUGACUUCAUGGCUCCGUGGUGCGGCAAAUGUGCGCAGAUCGAGCCAACUGUGGUAAGCCUGGCCGAGGCUCACCCGGAGGUGACGUUUGCGAAAAUGGAUGUUUCAAUCCCCGAAGUGGAAAAGCUGAAGGAUGAGCUUGAGGUCGGUGCGUACCCGGAGUUCCGCUUCUUUAAAGAUGGCAAAGAGGUCCACGAGAAGAUCUCAGGCUACAAGAAGUCUUUGCUGAAAAAGGUUGUGCAGAAGCUGCUCUGA